AUGGACCGUGAGGAGGCUCAGAUCUACAUUGGCUAUUUGCCUAAUCAUGCACGAAUGAGCGAUGUUGAAGAGUUCUUCAAGGGCUUUGGACACAUCAAAUCGAUCAAUCUCAAACCUGGGUAUGGUUUUGUCGUGUUUGAAGAUAGAAGGGACGCUGAAGAAGCUGUCAGGGAUCUUGAUGGAAGACGAAUGUGUGGAGAAAAAGUUGACGUAGAGAUGGCUAAGGGGCCGGGGAAUAAGGCGAAGAAAGACUCUUACCGCGGCGGAGAUCGUCCUAUCGUUAGGGAUACCCGUCGAAUGCGAGGAAGAUCUCGCUCUAGAGACCGAUUCUCAACGCGAAAGAAGGAGCCGUACAGGGACGAUCCUUGCAUUGAAAUUACAAAUCUUUCGACACGUUGCAGCUGGCAGGAUUUGAAGGAUUUCAUUCGCGACAAUGCGAGGGUAGAGCCGGAUUUUUGCGACGCGCACAAGUUCGAAGAUCGACUAGCUACUGUUUCGUUCCGGAGCAGCAGCGACAUGAAGAAGGUGGUCUCGAGGAUGGAUGGUUUUGAAAUUCAUGGCAGGAAAAUCAACGUCAGGGUCAAGUGGGAUCCUGAAUCUGGAAAAAGAAAGGACGACGAUCGCGAAGCCGCGGACGAGACGAUAUUCCACGACGCUCUCCUCCCCGUCGAUCUCCUUCUCGAUCCCCAGCGCGUUCUCCAAAGAAAGAACAAAAUGGCGAUGACGAGAAAGCGCGCUCGAGAUCUCGAUCCAGAUCUAAAUCCAAAUAAAGUUUUACUAACAAAUGAAAGAAGCAAUACGAUCUUUGAUGAAAACACUGCGUUCUCAACUAUUUUCCUGUCACAACUUCUGAUCUGA